AUGAAAUAUUUGAUAGCAAUUGAUGGAUCAGAUCAUGCUCAUAAUGCAUUUAUGAAAGCAGUAGCUCUAUACAAACCAGGAGAUGAAAUAUAUACAUUGAUUGCAAUCGAUUUGGUUCACUUUAUGAUGGCUGCUCCAAAGUUGGCUGAGGAGACCACUACAUUAGCUGAUAUGAAAGAAAAGAUGCUUGCAAAUGGAAAUAAACUUUCUGGACAAUACGCAGAGUUAGCUGAUGAACACAAUAUUGCUAAAUAUAAAACACUUUUACUCGAAGGAAACCCAAGAGAGUUAAUCGUUAAAGAGGUAGCCGAAAGAAAAAUAGACAUUUUGAUCAUUGGACAAGUCGGUCUCAUAAAUAAUCCAAAUAUUUCAAUGGGAAGUACAUCAACCUAUUGCAUUAGAAACUGUCAAUGUGAUGUUUUAUUAUUUUGGUCUGAUCAAACUGGCUAUGAAACGAAAAACGCAACAAAAUUUAGCGAAAUUGAGUGA